CUAUAUAGAUCCUGUAGGUGUUUGUCUCUGGCUGUGGCAUUGGAGCACAUCUGGCUGUAUCUUAGGGCUUGGCUGAAUACAAUAGAUUGAGAAAUGUGUCUGGGACAGAAGCUAGAGGCAUGAAGCUGUCAAACGUUUAAUGAAGGAAGCAGCCGAAUUGAAGGAUCCUACUGAUCAUUACCAUGCACAACCCUUGGAGGAUAAUCUUUUCGAAUGGCAUUUUACUGUUAGAGGCCCUCCAGAUUCAGAUUUUGAUGGCGGAGUUUAUCAUGGACGAAUAGUACUACCACCAGAGUAUCCCAUGAAACCCCCAAGCAUCAUUCUGUUAACAGCCAAUGGCAGAUUUGAAGUAGGGAAGAAAAUUUGUUUAAGCAUCUCAGGACAUCACCCUGAAACAUGGCAGCCUUCAUGGAGUAUAAGAACAGCUUUAUUAGCCAUUAUUGGUUUUAUGCCAACCAAAGGAGAGGGCGCCAUAGGAUCCCUAGACUACACACCUGAGGAAAGAAGAGCACUUGCCAAGAAGUCCCAGGAUUUCUGCUGUGAGGUAUGUGGCUCAGCAAUGAAGAUAAGCUUGUUACCAUUAACAUCAGGAAGUGCUUCAAGCCAGGCUGACAAAGAGGCCAUGGAACUUGCCAAACAAAUUAGCUUCAAGGCUGAAAUCAAUUCGUCCAGAAAAUGUAUCACUGAAUCUCCACACUCAUCAGAAUUGAACCACUCUGCCACCUUACCUGAGCCACAACAGGAUGGUAUAAAUAGAGGAUUCCAGAAUCCAACCACGAGUACAAUGUCUGAAAUUCAGAACUCCACCACACCAUCUAAUCAAGAGCAUACUCAGCCAAUAUCUAAUAAUACCUCCAUGAGCCCUCGCCAGCGCCGUGCCCAGCAGCAGAGUCAGAGGAGGACACCAUCUUCAACUGAUUUUAAUCAGGUGCAGCAACCAAGAGUCAACACAGGCCGCACUGGAUCAACUGUUCUCAUUGUCCUUCUGACUUUAGCAUUGGCAGCUCUUAUAUUCCGUCGGAUAUAUCUGGCCAAUGACUAUAUGUUUGAGUUAUAAGCUGAGUCGUUUUAAGAGCAGUGACAUGAAUGUUUAAUGAAGCAUUCUGUAUUGGGUAUGACAUGAGAACUGUUUACAAAAGAUUACUUUUUUAUUUACUCUUAAGUCCUUAUGAAUGUUAAUAUACCUUUGGGUAUAUUGCUUUGUAAGGAGGACAAAUGUUGUCAUUUCUAUGAAUAUUAACAACUAACACCACACUCUUAGUAUUUGGAGAAAUAAUUUGGUUGAAUAUGAACAUAAUAUAUAGAGGGUGGGGGAAAGCAUCAAUUGUGACUAGUUAUUUAUCGCUAAAGGGAGGCAAUUUAAAAAUAUAGAGGUUUUACGCAUUUCUUUGUGGAUCAUGGGUGCAGAUAGUCAUCCAUAACUGAGUGAGCAUAAAAAUUUACUUUGGGGAAGGACUUUUUAAAAUGAAACACAAUUUCUGUGUGUUGCAUUGCCUAUGCUCUUAAUUCAGAAGGGGAUAAUAUUUUUGACCACUUUUAUUUACAAAAUGAUAAUUCUAGGACAAUGCAUGAAAUGUUGGUUCAGAGACUGCGCCCUCUGUGGGGGAAUAAAAGGGGCCAGAAAAUUUUGUUUGUUUUUUGCUUUUAAAUGUUUUUGGAAGUUAGAUUGGAUAAUCUUUUGCAAGAUUUGAAUGUCUUCUUCUAAUACUCAAUUGUAUAUCUUGCUUUUUUUAAAAUUGAAGAUUAUAUAAAACAUGUCUAUUCUUGCAAUAGUUAUAAAUAUGUAAUAUAAUUAUUUACCCAGAGCUAUUGUCUUUUAAUUAUUCCAGAAAUAUGCAUAAUGUGUUAAAUUGAAUGUUUCAUAUGUGCUAUUAUUUACUAAACAAAAUCUAAAUCUUUUCAUACUGAAACUCUGCUAUGCAUGAACAAGCUUGAGGGAAGCUUUCAUGAAACUUUUGGUUCUAAUGAAUUAUCACAGUCCAACAUUCAUUUACACAUUUUUUUUUUUGCCACCUUAUUGCAAUACUUCAAGAAAAGUUUAAAAUUCAACUACUUUAAAUCUUUCCAGUAUAUCAGGAUUACAGCAUUCAUGUGUAAAUUGCCAUUUAUUCUGAUGGGUGCUGUCACUUUAGAUGGGGGCCAUCUGGACUGAUAUAUUGAAUUUAUUUAGCCAUAAAGAACAAAUUCAAUGGGAUAAUCAUUUCCCCAUUCAUUGAUUGUAUUGAUAAUAAUCAGUGCAAUUGUUCAUUUACGAUCCAAGAGAAUUUCAGUAAUUUUCACCUGACUACUACUAAGAUAGUUUUCACUAAAGCCAGACUGCUCCACCCUAUUUGUUAACAGAAAUAAGUGUGCUGUAGUUAGCACUCUUAUUAAGGUUACAAAAGAUACUACAUGCAAAUGUACUCCUAAGCAUUAUAAAUAUGUAUAAUUUUACAUUUGUGAAAAUAAUGAACAAAUUACACUUGUGGUGUCCUGAUGUAUGUGUUUAAUUUAUUCACUUAUUAACUUUCAAAAUUCAGAAAUGGAUUCCCAGUGGUUAUUAAAUUAGUUGUGCUCUGCUGUACAUACAAACAGGAUGUACAUCAAUCAGAGCAAUUUAGUUUGUUUAAAUAUUUAAAAUAAAAGUAUAUAGCAUGUCUAGAUAGAUCAGCAGUUAUUUAAACCUUGUACUGUCUUCUGGUCUGGAAGGAGGACAAUUUGGUUUCCUGUGGUGAAAAGAGUUAAAAGUAUUUUCCCCCAAUAAAUAUAUUUGUUUUGGUAGGAGUAUAUUUUAAAACUGUAGACCUCUUAUUCGUGCAAUAAAAAGUUGCUUUUUUCCUAAU